AUGCCGGACGCCGACCCGCUGUCGCUCUUCCUGCUCCAGCGUGCGUACCUCCUCGCGCAGCUCCGCGCCGCGUGCCCCGCGCCCGGGCUCUACGCGCUCGUGCUCGACCGCAAGACCCAGGCCGCGGUGCUAGCCGCCGUGCCCAAGGAAACGCUCCUCCGCACCGUCACCACGCUCGAGCUCCUCGACGAGCCGCGCCGCGUGCAGAAGUACUUGCACGCCGUGUACUUGGUCGAGCCGCUGGUGCACAAUCUCAGCUGCAUCGCCGCGGACGUGCACGCGGCGCGCUACAGCGAGGGCACGGCGCUCUUGGUGCCGUUUCUGCAGUGGGACGAGCACGCCGGGCGCAUGUUCCACUCCGCACGCUUCCUCGGGCACGCCGCGGUGGCGCGGUACCUCGGCGGCGGCGCGCGCGUGGCGUUCGUGCACGCGCUGAUGGUGCCCGUGGAGCAGCGCGUGUUCCUCGCGGACACGGCCACGCCCAGCGCGUUGCCGCUCUACUACAACGCCGCGUGCGUGGACUUGGUGUUGCCGCAGGUGCGCAAGGCCGCCAAGGCCAUCGUCAACUGCGUGGUGGCCGCGGGCGAGUACCCGCUCGUGCGCUUUGCCGCGGCGCCCGGCGCGGCGCACGCCGCGGCCCGCUUGCCCGAGUUGAUCGCGGACGAGGUCCAGCGGCAGCUCGACGACUACGCGCGGCUGGACAGCGGCUUCCCGCCCGCGGCCGCGCCGGACAAGCCGCGCGCGCUCUUGCUCGUGUGCGACCGCUCCGUGGACGUGUUCGCGCCGCUCUUGCACGAGUUCACGUACCAGGCCAUGGCCAUGGACGUGGUGGAGGGCCUCGAGCGCCGCGGCGUGUACGCGUACGAGGCCGAGGCCGAGAGCGGCGAGCGGCAGCGCUUGGAGACGCGGCUCGACCUGCCCGCCGACGCCACGUGGCUCGCGGUGCGCCACGCGCACAUCCUCGACGCGUCCGACCGCGUAGUGGCCCGCAUCGGCGACUUGAUCAAGAACAACCCCAUGAUGGUCGACCGCCUGCGCGCCAAGACGUCCGCGGACCUCAUGUACGUGGUGGCGCACCUCCAGGGCUUCGACGACGAGCGCCGCGAGGCCACGCUCCACAAGUCCUUGGUGGACGAGUGCCUCGCCAUCAACGCCGCGCGCAAGCUCGCGGAGUUCGCCGCGGACUUCGAGCAGGUCUGCGCCGCGGACGGCACGCUGUUCGACGGCGCCCGCCACCGCCACUUGCACGACGACCUCGUGGCGCUCCUCGCGCGCACGGACUUGCUGGCCCACGACAAGACGCGCCUCGUGUUGUUGUACGCGCUCUACCGCGGCGGCGUGGCGCGCGCGGACGUCGCCAAGUUGGCGUGCUUCGUGGCGGGCCCGGACGCGCCGGUUGCGGCGCUCGUGCGCCGCUGUGCGCUCAACCUCGCCAAGUUGGGCUGCCCCGUGGUCAAGGACUCCGUCCAGCUGAAGCCCGCCCGCCGCCGCACGUUCCACACCAUCCACAACGAGGGCACGUACAACACGUCGCGCUUCUCGCCGGGGCUCAAGCGCGUGCUCGCCGGCGCCGCGCGCUACGAGUUGGACGAGGACUGGUUCCCCUACUUCCGCGACAAGCCGCUCGAGGACGACGCGCCGGCCGCGGGCGCCGGCGCGGCAGGCGCGCCCGGCUCCUUGCGCAACCCGCGCAUCAAGGCGUCGUGGGCGCCGCCCAGCUCGCGGUCGUCGGCCCUGAGCGCGCGCCGCAACAGCCAGCGUGUCUUCUGCUUCGUGGCCGGCGGCAUCACCUACUCCGAGAUCCGGCUGGUGUACGAGCUCUCGGACUCGCUCAACAGGGACUUCUUCUUGGGCUCCGAGUGCAUCUUGAACCCGCGCGGCUUCCUCGAGGGGCUCCAGGACAUCGACGACUCCAAGGGCCUCGCGGACUUGGCCCUCCCGUUCGACGCGGAGUUGAAGUGGGCCGCCAGCCCGGCGCCGGACCACCUCACCCAGGCGCCCGCGCCGCCGCCGGCCACAGGCAGGCGCGGCUCGCUCGACUCGGCGCCCGUGGCGGCGGAGCAUCAGGGCGGCAGCAGGUCCGAGGGGCCGCUGCCGCAGAGCAAGAAGCUGUCCCGGCUCAAGAGAUUUUUCAAGUAG